AUGUCAUUGCGUAUCGCAACUACGGCGCUCGCCUUCAUCUUAGGCGCGAAUGCUCAAUAUAUCGCUACUUAUGACCCGAACAAUCUCCCUCAGAAGACCGAGAAUGGGCAAGUUGGUACCAACCAGUGUGGCGAAGCCAAUAGCCAAACCAGUCUUUGCCAAAACGUCUAUGUGAACGGACCGGAUGACUUUUGUCUCUGGGGACCACAACAAACGGCAUCGAUUGGAAAUGUAGAAGGGGAGGUCGUGGCAUAUUGUACCAAGCCUGGCCGCGGCACGCGCUUGUUCCCAGACGGCACUAUUCUCUCUGCGCAUUUCCUCGAGACACCAGACUAUAUUCAAAUCACCGGUACGGGCGUGUUUACGAACAUUGGGGUCAUCCCAGACGGUGGAGGAGAAUUGGAUCCUCAUGGCGCCGAGGGCACUGGGAACCCAAUUGGAGGUCUUGUCUUCUCAAACGUCUGGACGGGUGGAAGCGGAGCUGGCCAGCAAAUUCAUGAGUGGACCAACUUUAUGAGCGAGUCCGAGUACUGCAUCCGAGUCUGCAAAGAUGGCCCGAUGGCACCGACCUACUGCGGUCACGUCUAUGAUAUCAACGGAUGUCAGUGGAAUAUCCCUGGAAGGUAUGAUGAUGGAUUUGAGAGAUGCCAGGCGGACAACACUCUUCCAAUGGGACUUUAUCCACAACCCGACGGUUCGACGAGCACGUAUAGUCCACGCGCAUCACCCGUACCUACACCACACCCAGCCGCCGCAAGCUCCAAUUGCCAAACCUUCGAAUCGACCGCCCUCUUCAACGGCCUCCCAGCCGCGCCAGCAUCGGCAUCAUCAUCUACGACUACCAGCUCUUCAUCCAGCUCGUCUAUAUCGAGCACUACUCCGAGAACCACUGCACAAUCGACUUCCCGCGUCAGUGGAUCCAGCUCUAGUCAUGAGCGUCCGCAGACAUCGUCACCUGCGCCGACCGGAUCGCCAAAUAGUGCAUCUGUAGGCAAGGGCCCUGGCUUUGGUGCUGCUGGGCUCGGAUUCAUGGCGGUUAUUGCACUGUGGAUGUAA